AUGAAUAACGUUGCUGUCGUUGUGGGAGCGGGCAGUAAUUUAGGUUUUCAUGUCCUAAAAAAAUUAAUCAAAGUUUACAACGGAAAAAUAUACUUUACUACAGAAGAUGACUCAACGGGAUACAACAUCAGCGAAACGUUUAAAAAAAAUGGUACCAACAUUGAAUAUUUUAGGAUGGACGUGACGUAUACGAAGACUAUUAUCAACUUCCGCCACCACAUGCAGGAUUUGGAUGAACGGAUAGAGUUGUUGAUAAACAACACGGAUUAUAUACCGGAAAAGAAUGUGUCCUACAUAGAAAAGGUGAGGCGAACUCUGAGCGUCAAUUUUUACGGAUACAUUAAUUUUGGCAAACUUAUUUAUCCCUUGUUAACGGAAAAUGCGCGAGUUGUUAAUGUUUCGGGGCCGGCUGGCCUUUUAGCGACCAUUGAAAACGAAAAGAUAAGAUCAAAGAUCAGUGAUCCGACACUCAAUGAAGAGGAGUUAGUGGCUAUUUUGCAGGAGUACGAGGAAGCGGCCAGACAAGGCAUUGAAAGAACUGAAGGUUGGGGUGCGAAUGUUCAUGCUGUUAGCAAAGUUGCCUUGAGUGCUGUCACAUUUCUACAACAUCGCGAAUGGGCAGAUAAAGGUGUAGUAAUAAAUUGUGUGAAUCCAGGAAACUUAUCUAGUCGUGAAGAAAGAAAAAAUACAAAAGUAUUUGAAGAAGGAGCUAAGGCUAUAUUAUAUUUAGCACUAGAAGCCCCUUUGACAUUGAAAGGAAAUUUUAUAUGGAGCAAUUAUAAUGUAAUUGAAUGGAAUAGUGAUCCUUACGUAGAAGUAACGACUGUA